GCUCGAGGCUGCCUGUCAUGUAGCUGCUACCCUACUGUUCUCCCUCUGGCUUGGUAUCGCUCGGACGUGUGAGGAGGAGGGGGAGGCGGAGGAGGCUCCACCCAACCCUCACCCUCUGCCAUGGCGCCCGGGCGCGACCUGCUCCUGCCCGCGCUCCUGGCCGCCGCGUGCGCGGCGCUUCGCGUGGAACCGCCGCCGGCCGCUGGGGGCGGCGAGGCCCUCCGCCUGGGCGGCGGCCGGCAAGCAGCGAACACCACGAGGGUCAUGACGAUGGCCGUGAAGGGCUGUACCGUCAGCGAGGUCUCCGCAGGAUGGACGGGGAAGGUCGUGUACGCCGUCUUCACCAGCGCCAUCCCCGCCUACCGCGACAACCUGGUGGCCGAGAUGGACACGUGGGCGGCGGGCCCCGCGGAGGAGGGCAGGUUCGUGGCCGUGGGCGGCCGGGACUACCCGGGCGGCUGGCAGAGCGCCAACGUCCUGCGGUCGGACUGCGGCGACCUCAAGCACAACCUCUCCUGCAAGGAGGCGGCCCUGCUCGCGGAGGGCGCGGCGCGCGGGGCGGACUGGCUGGUCGUGGUCGGCGAGGACAACUACGUGCACACCGACCGCGUCGACAGGUUCCUGAGCAGCAAGGACCCCGAUACCGCCGUGGCGUUCGGUACCAUCGGGUGCGGGAAGGGGCUGUACUGCCGCGACAGCGAGGGCUUCAACGAGUACGGCGGGUUCUGCGGCGGCGGCGGGUACAUCAUCAGCCGCGCCGCCCUGCAGCGGCUGCUGACUGGCGGCGCUCCGGCGCUGCACUCGGUCUACGACCGCACACCCUGGCCGAACGACAUGAUGACCAGCUGCCAGCUCAGGAAGCACGACGUGCUCAUGAGCAAGGUCCUCACGAUGUACGGGUUCCACAUGUUCGGGAUCACGGAGUACAAGCGCGUCGCGCAGACGGCGCUCACCGCGCACUACCUGAGGCCCGCCGUCAUGCGGUGGUACCACGCGCUCGUCCAGGGGGCCCCGGACUCUGUGAGGACGCCGCUGGAAGAGGCGGCCUUCAGCCGCGGCUGCGCCGUCGAGAUGAACACCUCGGCCUGGGCGCCCGAGUUCGGCGAGUGCCUGCGGAAGGAGGCGCUGUGGCGCAGUUUUCCGAGGUGGUGACGCACAGGAGAGGCCUCGUGAGAGGUGUUGUCGAGGCGCUGCGAUGAGGAGCGGCUCGGGCUCGGAGGGGGCUCGCUGCUCCGUGGGUCCUUCCGUGCAAGUUUCACCAGCGCUCCGCGCGCACGCAUGCGCCUUUUUGGGGGCAAGCAGGGGAUUCUCAGAAUGAUUAUGUUCCAAUGCAUCCUUAUCAAUCAGUCCUCAGUAGUGCAUUCUUGACGGGGAAUAUUUACUCAGGAGUCCCUAAUAUGGACUCUUCUGUCAGGAGUCCGUAGUAAGGCAUCCCGAGCAAGGCAUCCUUCAUAAGGGAUCCUUCGCAGGGGAUCCCUGGCGAGGAGCCCUUAGCAAGGAAUCCUUCGUCAGGAGUGCUCGGUGAGGAAGCCUCCGCAAAUACGCAGCGACGCGGCAGCACGACAGCAGGAGCCGCGGCCGCCGGAGGCCAGAGAUUCAAGCCCGAACGCCAG